AAAAAAAAGAGAUUUACAUAUAUACACAUGAUGGGGAAGGUUUUUGUGAUAAUGUUAGUUGGUAUUUUCAUGGCUUGCAAAAGCAUGCAAGCUCUUGACUAUGGAGAUGCCCUAACCAAAUCCUUAUUGUUCUUUGAAGGACAACGGUCCGGUAAACUCCCGGUUAACCAAAGGGUUAAGUGGCGAGCCGAUUCUGCCCUUACCGAUGGUGAACCGGAUCAUGUGAAUUUGGUGGGAGGGUACUAUGAUGCAGGCGACAACGUAAAAUUCGUGUGGCCGAUGUCGUUUACCAUAACCUUGCUGAGUUGGGCAGGAAUCGAAUACCGGAAUGAGAUUUCAUCGGUUAACCAGCUCGGUUAUCUCCGGUCUUCCAUCAAAUGGGGAACCGAUUUCAUUCUACAAGCCCAUCACUCGUCCGCCACAUUCUACACUCAGGUGGGAGAUGGGAAUUCAGAUCAUAAUUGUUGGGAGAGACCAGAGGAUAUGGACACAUCAAGAGCUCUCUUCAAGAUCUCCAGCAGCGAGGCUGCAGCCGCUCUAGCCGCCGCCUCUAUCGUUUUCAAGCCGGUGGAUCCGAAAUAUUCUUCAAAUCUACUAAACCAUUCAAUUUCUCUAUUUGAAUUGGCUGACAAGUACAGAGGCUCGUACCAAGCCUCUUGCCCUUUCUACUGCUCAUACUCGGGCUAUCAAGAUGAGUUGCUUUGGUCGGCGGCUUGGUUAUACAAAGCAACAGGAGACAACAAGUACAUGAGUUAUGUGACAAGCAACCAAGGUUGGAGUCAGGCCGUUAAUGAGUUCAGUUGGGACAGCAAAUUCGCCGGCGCUCAAGCUUUACUCACUUCGGAAUUUUACAACGGGAAGAAGGAUUUGGGUAAAUUUAAGAACGAUUUGGAGUCAUUUGUUUGUGCAUUGAUGCCAGGGAGUAGCUCUCAACAGAUUAGACCGACUCCUGGUGGUCUUCUAUUUACUAGAGACAGUAGCAACUUGCAGUAUGUUACAACGGCUUCAACCGUGCUAUUUUAUUUCUCAAGAACUCUAACCAAAGCUCGGGUCGACUCAAUCCAAUGUGGAUCCACCCGGUUCUCCACAUCCCAAAUCAUGAAUUUCGCAAAAUCACAGGUGGAUUACAUCCUGGGAAACAAUCCUAUGAAAAUGUCAUAUAUGGUCGGAUUCGGCACAAAGUCCCCAACACAGCUUCAUCAUAGAGGAUCUUCGAUGCCAUCAGUCCAAACUCAUCAAUCAAAAAUCGGUUGCAACGACGGAUUUUCGUACUACAAUUCGAACGAACCGAACCCGAAUGAGCAUAUCGGUGCAAUCGUAGGAGGACCGGAUUCAAACGACCGGUUUAGUGACCAAAGAUCGGAUUAUUCCCAUGCGGAGCCCACUACUUAUAUCAAUGCCGGUUUCGUGAAUUCCGUCGCUGUUCUGAUCGGUCGGUGAACUGAUAACGUUUCCGGACCGGUGUUAAGUAACAGAAAAAAAAACAAUUAGAUAAACUAAAUCAAGUACGGAAAUGAAUGGCUAUAUAUAUAAUAAGAUUUGAAUAAUCUUGGCUUGAUUGCCAAUCAAGUUGUGGUGUUAUAUACUAUACAAGUUGUAAUUCAUUUCGUUUUCUAUGUAAUAUAUAUGAUUAUGAAACCUUGAGGACA